AUGGGCUGGCUACCUUCCAUCUUUGGCGGCGACGCUCCGAAUCCCCUCGGCAAGCUCGAUCCCAAGCUUCGCGAGUUUUUGGAAAAAGAAUCGCCCGUCAAGUACAUUCCCAACCAGCGAGCGGCAUCAACACGGCGACAAGAUGCAGGCGCCGCGGCUGAAUCAAAGCCAGAGCCGGCCGCGGUUCCGUCUGCAAGUCUCUAUCAAGACGGGCGAUAUGCGCAUCUGUGGAAGAACUACAGACCACUAGCAGAGGUCGAGGAAGAGACUUCAACCGAUCACGACAAGCUCAUGUCAGUGUUGGAGGGGUACAAGGAGCGCAAGGCGGCAAUCGCCAGGGCUGGACUCGAGAACUGCGCGCCGCAGCAGGAGGAGUGGAUUAACUGCAUGAAGAGCGGCAGCUGGGAGGACCAACUGCAAAUGUGCCGACACCAAGACAACCCCCCCCCCCUUGGGCACGAUAUAGCAUACGAGGAGCGUACUGACGAUGAAAUGCCACAGAGAUUUCUAAGAGCGCUAGGAUACGGCUCAGUAGCCGGGCGGCCGGGUGAAGUCGAUGAAGAUAUCCAACUCCACGCCGAUGCGCUGUUUCAAAGGAUGCUGCAGCACGAGGCGGAAGUCGAAAAGGCCAAGGAAAACGGCACGCUUAUCCCAACCUUCGACCCCUCGCUCCCGAAGACGACUGCCACCAGCGCGACCAACAUCAAGCCAUCCGACGAGCUUCAGAAGCAGUGGAAGGAGAAGCUCGACCAGCUGCCAGAAGACGAGAGAGUUGCUGAAGAAGCCGCUUUAAGAGCCGAUCUGCAAGCCAAGGCCGACGUUGCGCGCAACGUGAAGAAGAUUUGGGACGCCAAGAGGGAAGAGAGAGAGGUGCGGCGCGCAGAAGGCCAGGCGACAUUCUCGGACACGAUUGCUGCGUUGUUCAGCAAGGGGAAAUGA